CAAAUUUUAAACAUUAUUUAAAGCAGUAUAUUUUUUCGUAUAUUUACAUUAAUAAUUAUGUAAGUUUUAUUUAUUCAUUUCUCUAUACUAUAUUACUUAUCAAUAUUUUAAUGUUAUUCUUUUAAAUCUAAUAGAGAAAUUAUUCAUUUUUCUUAUGUUCUAUUAAAUCAAAAUAAUACUUAAAAAUUUGUUAACAUAUCAUCUUUUACAUUAUAUAUGUGACAUCAAUUUAUGAUUAAAUUUACAUUCUUUUCUAAUCUAAAAUUUGUUUAAUGACACAAUUUUAUAUCAUCUUUCAAAACAGAUAUACAAUAUGUAGGUUAUUUGAUUUAUCAAGAAGUUUUGAUAAAAUUUUAUGUUUAAAUUUCACAGAAAACUUUAACUUGUUUAUUGUUCAGUAUUAACGUAUCUUAAUCAUAAAGUUUUUUUUUUAUAAUUACUAUAAAUCUAGAAAAACCUCAUAAUAUAAUGUACUUUGAACAAUGUUAGGAGGAAGUGAGCAAUAUUGGAAAAAAUUUCAAAGAUUUGCCUUCUCAUUUUCAGGCGAAUUAAAUUCAGAAAAUUAUUACGAUAAAUUAGAUAAUACAACAGAAUUUAGCAAAUACUUUCCGCUUUGUAAUAAAUUAAUAACCUAUCCCAAUGGCAGAAAAGUUAAAAUAAUUUGUGCUAAGCUUUUAAAAUAUUUGAUAACUAAUAAAAUAUUAAGAAGCAAAGAUAAUGAAUAUGAUUUUUGCAUUCUUUUAAAUUAUUGGGUAUUUAAUAGUUUAAAUUUAAUUUUCCAAUCAAAAUAUAAUUCUUAUAUUUACCGAGCUUUUGGUGAUAUUGAGCUUAUAUGGAAUAGUUUUAUUGAAGAUAAUUUAAAAGAAACUAAAAACGAAACAUGUACAGCUAUUUCUAAACUUAUUACUCCUGAUGAUUGGAAAUAUAGGAAAGAAUUGUAUGAUUACUUUGCUGAUUAUAAUCAAAUUAUUCAAAACAUAAAACUUUUUCCUAAUAGGUGCGAGGAUUUUUAUGAGUACAUAGAAAGUAAAGCUCACUUAUAUGAACAUUUUAGUAACCGUUGUCAAUCAUCAAAUCAAAAUAUGUGCCCAGAUUUUUAUAAGGAUUGUAUAGAGUAUGAUCCAAAAAAAGUGCUACGUACACUUAGUUGUCAUGACAAAAUGGAGGAGAAAAAAGCUGCUCUUUUGAAAUUAAAGCCCGAAUAUUCAGGUGCAAUGAGGUCUGAUAGACAACCUGAAGCAGCAGUGCCUGAAGCUGUAAUGCUUUCUUCAGGUGAUUCAGAAUUAAAUCGCGUCAAUUCCCAUCCUGCGACAAAGGCAGGUAACAUACUUCUGGGAGUAGUUGCGACUUCUCUCACUUCUGGAGCUUUAUAUAGGUUCACACCCUUAGGAAACAUGUUACGCAAUGGAUUUGGACGGAACCAUAAUAUGAGAAAUUUUAAUGGAGGAGACAAUGGAUUAUUUGAUUAUGCAUCAGAAUCAUUUAAUCCAUAUUUAGGGGGUGCAGAAGAGCAUUAUAUAGGAUAUCAUCCGGCGUAA